AUGGACUCUACAAAAAUGCCAGAGCCGGAGGGAGAUGUGAAAAAACAGGCUCUAGAUAGUGAUAUAGAAGCAUCACUGGAGAAACCCCUCGAGAAGACCUCAACCCAGAAUGCUAUGGAAUUUCCAGAGGGUGGAUUGAGGGCUUGGUCCGUUGCCAUUGGUGCAGGUGGUGUUCUUUUUUCCACGUUUGGUUAUGCAAAUGCGUUGACUUACAAGCUAAUUGAAACCAGUGUCUACCAAGAGUAUUAUGCGACUCAUCAGUUAAGCCAUGAAUCUCCUUCAGCAAUAUCAUGGAUCGGCUCCCUUCAGAUUUUCUUCCUCUUUGGUGGGAACUGUUUUGGUGGACCGCUCUUUGACAGAUUUGGCGCCAAGGUUAUCUGGCCUUCCGCAAUGGCAUAUGUUCUCUCUGUCAUGAUGACUAGCCUCUGCAAGAAAUACUACCAAUUCAUGCUUGCCCAAGGCGUUCUUGGCGGAAUCUCCAUGGGACUGACAAUGGCACCCGCUAUGGCAGCUACAGGACAAUAUUUCAACAAGAAACGCGGUGCCGCGAUUGGUAUUGCAGUGGCUGGCUCUUCGCUUGGCGGGGUGAUCUUCCCUAUCGCCCUCUCGAAACUAGUGCACAACCAAUCAAUUGGUUUUGGUUGGUCGAUUAGAAUCUUGGGAUUCAUGAUGUUUGCUCUGCUUGGUCCAGCAUGUAUCGCGAUCCGUGCUCGCUUACCUCCAAGAACGGCGUCCUUCUUCUUGCCUUCUGCUUUCAAGGAGAUCACUUACAUAAGCUUGCUGGUAGCAAGCUUCUUGAUGAUAAUGGGCGUCUUCAUGCCGUUCUUUUAUCUUCCCUCUUUCGCCGUGUCCAAGGGAAUGAGCACUCAACUGGCGUCGUACAUCGUCUCAAUCCUGAACGGCGCCUCCUUCUUCGGUCGAGUUAUUCCAGGUGUUCUUGGUGAUAAACUUGGUCGACUAAACGCCUUGGCUGCUGCAGCAUUUGCGUCUGGGAUCCUAAUUUUGUGCAUGCAAGCUAUCUCCAGCAAUGCGGGAAUCAUUGUGUUUUCAGCUCUUUAUGGAUUUUGUUCUGGAGCGAUCGUCAGCGGAUUCUCGACAUGUCUUGCGCAGAUCCCCAAAGAUCCAAGAAAUAUUGGCACCUACAUGGGGAUGGGAAUGGCCGUCAUCAGCGUUGCAGCACUCAUCAGUCCUCCAAUUGAUGGUGCGAUUGCUAAACAGUAUGGUGGUUAUAAUCAAGUAGCAAUUUUCAGCGGAGUGUUGGUUCUUGCGGGUGCAGUAGCGACACUGUGGGUCAAGAGUACCACUGAAAGGGGUAUUUUAGGCAAAGUUUGA